AUGCGUGCAUCACACCUGGGGACUCAGAACACGAUGUACCCGGGCAGGAAACCUGUGUCCAGGCCUGACGAGUCUGUGAUACAGGAUGUCAAUGAAAGACGACUACCAACUCCUGUCAAUCAUUUGAACACUUUUCGACCUGUGCUUUCGGUCCCUCCCAGCUCAUGGACCCGUCAGCCAACGAUUCUUUGCCCAGAGGUUUCUUCGGGGCCAAUACCAGUACCAGCGAGUCAUGGUCAUUUGAACUAUGCUCAGCCUCCAGCCUCUGGGCUCUCUACUUCAGGGGCACUUUCCACUGGAAUUUCACACACCCGGGGCUCUGCUGAGUCGACGCCUGUAUCAGCAUCUCAGCAGAACUUGGACCCUAGCCAGCCCCGUGCUUCGGGACUACAUGCUUCGUGGGCUCUAGGAAUGCCCUUCGCCUGUGGCUCAGUCCGUGCGGUUCCUCAAUACACGCUGAGCAGUCGGUCGAACUCAGGCCAACCGUGGACCCCGGCAGCAUCCACGCCAUGGGCCCUUCCUACAGAAGCUACAGAAGCGCCCCGCGUGCAUGCUGGUUCUGAGUCUGUAUCGCAACCCGCGUUUGACUAUUCCCAUCAUACUCUUUCACAACCCAACCGCAUGUCCCAGACCCCACGGGCCCUUAGACAAAAAGUGCAGAAAUCUUCUUCCCCGGCAAGAGCUUUUCGGCGUCAAACCUCGUUGACAAGUUCUUCCAACACAAGUCCGUACAUCUCGAGUUUUCAUGACGUGAGCAUGGAUGAACACUUCCCGUCGCACGUCGACCGAGCCUAUCGCGACGGAGGGACCCACGACCGAGUAACCUUCAGAGCGAGGUCGUCGUCCCCGAAUAUGCAGCUUAACGUCAUUCUGGAAGAUCCUCAAAGUGGACAACUGUAUCGUGAGAAAAGAGUCCGUACUCGAGAGGAGCUCGACAGCCAGAAAGAAGGCAUGCGAGUAUUGAAGGACAACGGGGGCGCCUGUACAGCUUGCUACAAGAGUAAGAAACGGUGUGGACCUGGUGACCCUUGUCCUCCGUGUGCUGCACGCGGUCGCAAGUGCGUUAGACUCAAUCGAGACGAUGGUGAGACUGUGUCUACCGGUGGCCAGCCUGUGUCUGCAUCUACUCAACCUGUACCUACAUCUUCUCAAUAUGUCUCGACAUCUCCUCAAUUUUCCUCUUCGCCUACUCAGCCUAAUACUCUUAUCAAUCCUCCCUGUCUGCCGGAGAGCACGCAGCCCAUACCGGCGGAACCAGCCCCUAAUGCAGACCUGCAAUCUUUGGACCCGGAACCACCCGAAGAUUAUUUCGAUCCAUUGUUCAUUGAUUCUUGGGAGACCGGCAUGCUUUGCAUUGACAGCGCCUACGACAACUCCGGACAUACAUGGGUUGGAAGCGAUGGGGGUCAUCUCACGAUCUGA